AUGGGUUCCGAGGGGGCGACGAGCAGGCGGAGGAUCCUCGACUACCUCAACGACGGCGAGGAGCUCGGGGUGGACGGGCCGUCGACGCCCAGGGCGGUGGCGACGGCCAGGUCACUGCUGCCCAGGUUCCGGUGGACGCGGAUGGCCAGGAUCGGGCGGAAGGGAUGCGGCUCAUGUGCCGGCGUCAAGGUGCAGCAGCCGCAACAGCCGGAGGAGCAGGAGAUUGCGGCGGAGAUUCUGGUGGAGAAGGGCGACGAGCUCAAUGACGACACAGCACGCGCGACCUCCUCCGGCGGCGCCGUCAGCGGCGGCGAGACGCGGGCCGCGGACCUCGGCGUCGGGCUGGGCCUGGUGUUCCUGCUCGCCAAGACGUCCGACGAGUUCAGCAAGAUGGCCAAGGUGCGGGCCGAGAUGGAGGCGCUGCUGGCGGAGUUCAAAGGCCACGUCAUCGCCAACACCGCCAACGCCAACGCCGACGCCGAAGACGUGUCCAGACCCGGCAACCUCGACGACUCCGCCGCGUCCAGCUGCCUCACGGACGCGAACGAGCCGCGGGCCGCCAACGAUCAGUCUGAGGAUCGUCGGCGUGAUCGUCAGGUCGCGUCGUGCUCCGGCAAGAGGGUGGACGUGGAGGUGCAGAGCCGGAGGAGGUCGACGGAGGACGUGCUGGAGGAGGAGUUCCACGCCGAGCUCGAGCGGCUGCACGUCCACUACGGUGCCGACACGCCCACGUUUCCGCUAGAAGAGGAGCAGGCCGCGGCGGAGUCAUCUGACGACGACGAUGACAUUGCCGCUGACUGCCGGCAAGGCUUCGCGGAAGAAGACGAGGAUGACGACGACCACGGCCACGAUGAUGACGAUGCUGCUAGAUACCGCGGGGUUUCGGCGGUCGAGCUGGAGAGGCGGCUGCACGAGCUGCUCCACCAGCGGAACCAGGAGCGGAUCGAGGAGCUGGAGGCCGCGCUGCGGCGCGCCGAGAGGAGGCUCUUCGACAAGGAGAUGGAGGCGUCGCUCUGGAAGGACACGGCCAAGAUGGCGCUGCGGCAAGGCCACGACGGUGAAGACGACGAGCUGCAAUGAGGGCAUUGAGGCAGGAAUUCGGAUAGGCUGUACAUGAUUACAGAUGAAGUCGUGAAGGCGAAUUUUGGGACUUGAUGCUUGAAGGGGGCAAUGAAUGGUAGCUUCCGAAGAUCGACUGUAGAAUGGGCCUUCAGUGGAACAUGUUACUACUGUAGUUCGUAGCUGUACUUGUUAGCAGUUAUAGCGAAACUGUUCAUACUCCGCCAAAGUUCAGACUUAAGCACUGUAGGUUACAUCAUAACGAUUCGGAAUAGGAUGUUCAGUUAGUCAUAA